GUCAGCGGCGUAAUCCUGCCGUCGCUCUCGGUUUCCCUGCUGCGGCCAUGAGACGCGUCGCCUUCGCCCCAGGUUGGGGGGUUGCCCCGCUCCGGCCCUUCUCGCCUCUCUGCCUUCUCCUCCUCCUCCUCCUGCUGCUGCUUUUCCCCGGUCAGGAGGGAGGCAGCGCCGGGGUAGCGGCCCAGGGCGACUUCAAUUAUCACGAGCUGUGCCGUUUUACUUGGCAAGCUGUUGAUCCUGGUAAAGUACACUAUAAGAUCAAUCUCUGUGGUAAUACCGAAGGUUGUGGAAAAUCCAGUACUGUUUGUGCACAUAACCUAAAAAGUAAAUCUAAUUUCUCAGUAGGUGACACUUCACUGAUGAAAAGUUCUAAACUGCUUUUGGAGUUCAACACUACCCAGGCUUGUUCACAACAAGGUGCUCAGCACACAUUACAAAGCAGCAUCAAUUUCUAUUGUGGAAAGAGUCUAGGUUCCCCAGAAUUUGUGACUUCGACUGAAUGCGUGCACUACUUUGAGUGGAAAACGUUUCUUGCUUGCAAAAAGGAUUUGUUCAAAUCAACAGGAGAGGUGCCCUGCUAUGUAUUUGAUGAAGACUUGAAGAAACGUGAUUUGAACCCAUUGAUUUUGACUUCUGGUGGCUACUUGGUAGAGGACUCGGAUGAGGACGUGGAGCUGUACAUCAAUAUCUGUAGAAACAUAGGGAAGUCAUCUGGUAAAGACAAGAAUUGUCCUGAUGACAGUGCAGCGUGUCUGUUGAAAGGUAGCGAUGCAUUUGACCUGGGGCAUCCUAAAGAAUCACUCCAAAAGCUUGAUAAAGACAGGCUUUUGCUGAGGUAUGAAACAAAAUUUGAAAAUAGCGACAAGAGGCCAGACUUCUGUGACGACCAUGAUCCGGCAGUGACGAUUACUUUUGUGUGCCCACAGGGAAGGAGAAGAGAGGACACACAGCCCAGGCUCACUGCUCAAAGCAACUGCCGGUAUGAGAUUGAAUGGGUCACAGAGUCUGCCUGUCAACGGGACUACUUAGAGAGUAACAACUGCGUUCUGACCAAUGAACAGCAUGGUAUUUAUGUGAAUUUGACAGCCCUCCAACAACCUCCAGAUGCUGUGUCACCUUACAUUGCUAAGCACAAUGAAGAGUAUCACUAUUACCUGAACGUAUGUGGGAAAACAACUGGAGGUAGCUGCAAUGAUGAAUAUGUUUCAUCCUGCCAAUUCAAACCUCAAAAUAAACAGCACAAAGUGGCAGGAAGGUUUGCCAAUCAAACCCUCAGGUAUUCUGAUGGGGACCUCAUUCUAACCUAUCCUGGAGGAGAUACUUGCAGCUCUGGUUUCCAGCGAAUGACUGUCAUAAACUUUGAAUGCAAUCAAACAGCAGACAACGAUGGCAAAGGAAAGCCAGAAUUUGCAGUUGAAACGGACUGCUCGUAUUACUUCACCUGGCAGACCAAAUAUGCGUGUGUUGGAGAAAAGGAAGAUAUUCCUUGCAUGGUUGCUGAUGAGAAGAAACGCUAUGACUUGACACCGCUGAUUCGUCAUUCUGAUUUGGAGCAGAAUUGGGAAGCUGUAGAUGGUAACCUCAUUGAAGAAGAAAAGAAACAUUUUUUCAUAAAUGUCUGUCACAAAGUACUUCAAAAGGGAGACGCAAUGAACUGUGCAAAAGAAGCAUCUGUUUGCUCUGUUGGAAAAGACAAUAGUACGACAAAUCUUGGGACUUUUAUGUCUGCUCCCACAAAAGUUGGGGAGAAUAUUCAGCUUCUUUAUUCAGAUGGUGACAAAUGUGGACUAAACAAGAAAACUGAAACAAAGAUACUCCUUGUAUGCAAGCCUGGUGACCUGGAAAGUGCUCCUAUUUUGAUUAACUCUAGUCCUGAUGGUUGCUUGUAUGAGUUUGAAUGGCAUACGGCUGCCGCCUGUGUCCUGUCUAAAACGAAAGGGAACAACUGCAGGGUUUCUGAUUCUCAAGCAGGGGUUUAUUUUGACUUAUCGCCACUGAUGAAUGUGACCUAUACAAUAAAUACAACUAGCUAUACCUUCUACAUCAGUAUUUGUAGCAAUGUGUCGAACACAUCGUGUGAGUUGCAGUCUGCAGCAUGUCAAGUAAAGAAAAAUGGUCAAGAUAAAUGGAGUCUGGGAAUGCCCAGCUCUGAACUCACCUAUUAUGAUGGAAUGAUUCAGUUGAACUAUCAAAAUGGUACACCUUACAAUGAUAAGAAACAAACACCGCGGUCUACCCAUAUAACCUUCCUGUGUGAUCGUGAUGCAGGCACAGGUUUACCUGAAUAUCAGGAAGAAGGCAACUUUACCUACAACUUCAAGUGGUACACGCAGUAUGCCUGUCCAGAGAUGCCCACAGAAUGUGUUGUAACAGAUCCUCAUACCAUGGAGCAAUAUGAUCUUUCAAGUUUAUCAUUAUCUGGAGACAGAAAGCAAAAUUGGUUUGCAAUGGACAACUCUGACCAGGAUGCACUAAAAAAAUACUACAUAAAUGUCUGCCGGCCUUUGAACCCCAUCCCAGGCUGUAACAUGCGGGCAUCGGUCUGUGAAAUGACGUACAAGAAAGGAGUGGGUACGGGCUCCCUUGAAAUUUCCAACAGUAACCUUGGGAUUGCCAGCGAAGGCCCAUUUAUCGAAGGGCACGGCAGCAUCCUUCUAAACUACACAGAUGGCUCUCUAUGCACCAGGGCGGAUGGCAAGACUGUGCCUUUCUCAAGCCUCAUCCAUCUUACCUGCUCCACGGGCACUCUUAAUAGCAGCCCGAGAUUCGCAGAGAUAAAAGAGUGCGUUGCAUCGUUUCUGUGGGAAACUGAAGCUGCCUGUCCAGUUACAACAACAAAAGGCGAAUCUCAGACCUGCUCUGUAAAGGAUCCCAAUACUGGCUUUCUGUUUAACCUGAAACCGUUAGCGUCGGAAGAAGGCUACUUAGUCAAGGGAAUUAAGAAGAGUUACAUGAUAAAUAUUUGUGGACCAGCAAGAAAUUGCGAGGCAAAGGAUAAGCCAGAUGACUCAAUUGGUGGGUGUGAAACGACUGAUCUGAGUCACAUUCCUUUGGUGAAACUGAACAAAACUCUUACACUCUCUACAGAAGGAUAUCUGUCUCUUACUUACACAGGACCUAAUGAUACUUUCACAGUUACCUUUAUCUGCAGUAAAGCCUAUCAUCAAGAACCCACAUUUGUGCAUGAAGAGGUGAAUUCAGCACUGAAUAUUAAUCAUACUUUCUUUGAGUUUCGCACACCUUUAGCCUGCCCACCUGCUCCAGUUGCCUGCCAAGUCACAGAUUCUGCUGGCAAUGAGUAUGACCUGAGAGACUUAAGCAGAGUGAGCGAACCUUGGAUUGCCUUGGAUACGUCAAAAGAUGCAAAAACGCGAACUUUUUAUCUCAGCGUUUGCAAACCCCUUCCGCCCAUACCAGGGUGCCCUGGUGGUAUAAUAGGAUCUUGUGUGAAAUAUGCUGAUAAGGGCCAGAGUCUUGGUAUGAUUCAGAUAAGUCCUCAAGCUGCCACGGAUGGGUCCAUUAGCAUUGUGUACUCAAGUGGGGAGAAAUGCAAAGAUAACCAGCAGUACUCAACACGGAUCAUCUUCCUCUGCGAUCAAGCUACAGGGUCACCAGUGUUCCAACAUGAAGAGGAUUGUGAGUUUGUGUUUCUUUGGAGAACGCUAGCAGCUUGCCCUGUGCGCAGAGCAGAAGGUGACAACUGUCAAGUGAAAGAUCCAAGGUACGAUCAUGUGUAUGACUUGACAUCGCUUCGUGGGAAGGAUAUCCAAGUAAGCACUGAUGAAUAUGACUACUACUUCAGAGUCUGUGAUGGGCUACCUACGGGAAAAUGCAACCAACCAAAGCAAGAUUCAGAUGUUGUGUCUUCAUGCCAAAUCAAGAAGAAAGACACCACUUUUAAAAAGAUAGCAGGUUUGCAUACUACAAAGCUGACUUAUGAAAAUGGAUUUAUCAAAAUUAACUACACCAAUGGGGAGACAUGCCACAAGAUAUAUAAGCGGUCCACAGCCAUAUUUUUCUAUUGUGAUCCUAAUCCAAAAUUGGAGCCUGUAUUUCUGAAGGAAACUGAGGAUUGCACCUAUAUGUUCGAAUGGAACACUCCUUUGGCGUGCCCACCUUUCAAAUCUAUCGAAUGCUCCUAUAAAGACAAUACUGGCAAAUCUUAUGAUCUCUCUCCUCUGACACGACAUAAGGAAAACUGGGAAGCCAUUUCAGGAACUACAUCUACAGAGAAAUAUUACAUCAAUAUAUGUAAAUCUUUAGUGCCACAUAAAGGAGCCGAUUUUUGUCCACCAGAUGCUGCAGCCUGCCUGAAGGAUGGACCUAAAUAUAUAAACUUGGGUGAAGUGGCAGAAGGACUCGAACGGCAAAAUCAAGUUUUUGUUCUUAAAUACAUCAAUGGAGACAAGUGUCCAGACCAGAUCCGGAAGAAAUCUACAAUCAUCCGCUUCAAGUGUGAUGAAAACAGAGUUAACUCCAAGCCAGAAUUAAUAACAGCCAUUGAAGAUUGCGAGUACGUUUUUAUGUGGUUCACAGCGGCGGCAUGUCCUCUGAAAAGCAACGUGCACAACAAUUGCACAGUAUCUAACCCUCGCACAGGCCACCACUUUGACCUUAAUUCUCUAAAGAGGCAGGAUGGCUACGCUGUGUCUGACUUCAGAAACCGCAGAACUCUCCGGUUAAGUGUGUGUGAUGAUGAAGCCAGAAGUCGAUGUGGUAGUGGAGUUGGUGUCUGCAUCACUAAUGCACCACCCGUUAAUGCUGGAAGACUGAGCAAAACAUUAACUUACGAAGAUGAAGUUUUGAAACUUGUCUAUGGAGGAGGAGAUUCCUGCCCUGCAGAUCCACGGUUGAAUUACACAAGCUAUAUCAGCUUUGUGUGCAGGUCUGAUGUGGGGCCUGGUAGCCAGCCAUUCCUGUUAUCAUUUGAUGAGGCGACUUGUGCUUACUAUUUCUCUUGGCACACUGCUUUAGCCUGUGAAGAAGAGAGUGCGGUGGAAUGCUCAGUUACAAAUGGCAGCACAAUCAUUGACCUCUCUGCUUUGAACCAUCAAGUGGAUUCCUACAAGGCAUUUGAUGACUCGUCUGACCUUACUCCAGACUUCUAUAUAAGCAUUUGCCAGCCCCUGAAUUCCAUCAAAGAUGUUAACUGUCCCCCUGGAGUAGCUGUCUGCAUGGUCCCAGUGACUGCUCCUCCUGUGGAUAUUGGCCGCAUCACUGCACCUCCCAAGCUCAACACUGCAACGAAUGAAGUGUAUAUUGCUUUUAACAGUACCACUCCAUGUCCAGACGAUAAAAGCCUCAACUAUUCCUCUCUCAUUGUGUUUCAUUGCAACAGAGGAGAAAAUUUGGGGAAGCCCAAAAUGAUAGAGCAGACCACCUGCGAAUACAUAUUUGAAUGGAGCACUCCAGUUGUAUGCCCUGAUAAAGUGGCUGUUUCGGGCUGCUCAGUGACGGAUGAGCAGUUGCACUACUCUUUCAACCUAUCCAGCCUUUCUGGAAAGUCUUACCAGGUCUCAUCUGGGUACCAGUUUUACAGUCUAGGGGUGUGUUCUGGAGCAGCAGCGGUGCCCCAAGGAAAAUGCAAAGAUGCAGCCGUAUGCCUGGCCUCUGGCAACAGUGCUAUUUCGUUUGGCAACAGAAAGGCAAUGAAAAUGGAUUACCGGCAUCAAGAGGAAGCUGUUAUUCUGCAGUAUAAGGGUGGUGAUGCGUGCCCUCAAGUGACUGAAAUGGGUGAGCUUUGUGUCUUCCCUUUCCAACACAAGGGUAAAAGUUAUGACACGUGCACUACAGAGGGGCAAGAGAAGUUGUGGUGUGCCACUACUGAUAACUUGGAGAGAGACAAAAAAUGGGGCUUCUGCGUAAGUGGAUCGGGGUACCGGGAAUCGACUAUUAUUUUCAAGUGUGACGACAGCGCUGGUGAUGGGAACCCUCAGCUCUUGAGCGAGACACUUGGCUGUGCUGUAACAUUUGAAUGGAAAACACAAGUUGUGUGUCCACCAAGGAAAAUGGAAUGCAAGUUUGUUCAAAACCACAAAACCUAUGAUUUGAGGAUGCUUUCCUCCCUCACAGGAUCGUGGAUCUUCCCCGACAAGGAUAGCUCUUACUACAUGAAUCUCUGUCAGAGAGUCCAUGGAGGACCCUCAGGUUGCCCCGAACGGGCAAGUGUUUGCCGGAAAAAUCGCAGCGGGGCUGUGCAAGUUCUGGGAUUAGUACAUACGCAGAAACUUAAUGUGACAGCAGAUGGUAAAAUUCUUGUCAGUUACUCCAAUGGCCAUGAAUGUCCACAGAGGAACAAAACAGCAGCUACCGUGAUAGAACUGAAAUGUGGAAAAACAGUUGGCAUGCCAAAAUUCAGUAGGAUUGAUGAAGAAAAUUGCGCCUAUUACGUCACGUGGGAAACUCGGGCUGCUUGUGCCAUAAAGCCCCAAGAAGUAAGAAUAAAUAAUGGCACGAUUAUAAAUCCAGCAACAGGAAAGAAUUUCAGUUUGGGUGACAUUUAUUACAAACUGUACAAUGCUUCUGGUGAUAUCAGAACAAAUGGUGAUACCUACAUUUAUGAGAUUCAACUUUCUGCUAUCACUGAUUCAAAGCAUCCGAAAUGCUUGACAGCCAGCAUAUGCCAGGUUAAAACAUCAGGUUCCUAUUUUCGGAAAAUUGCAUCUUCUAGCAAUGCUAAAUACUAUAUUCAAGAUGAUGAUUUGGAUGUUGUGUUCUCCUCCGACUCCAAAUGUGGCAGAGACCAAACAAAGACUGUGUCCUCCACUAUUUUCUUCCAGUGCAGUCAGCAGGCCAAAGAAGGCAUACCUGAAUUCCUCCAUGAGUCAUCAGACUGCCAGUACUUGUUUACCUGGUACACCUCUGCAGUCUGUCCUUUGGUAAGCUCUGAGACUACAAAUGACAAAACAUACGUGGAAGAUAAUUUCCAUAAAGGCCUCUCAGGAAGAAGCCAAGCGGUCGGUGCGCUACUGAGUUUGCUCCUUGUGGUUCUCACAGUUUGCCUGGUGGUCCUGUUGCUUUACAAAAAGGAAAGGAGAGAGACUAUGAAGCAAAGAAUAGCCAACUGCUGUCGGAGAACUUCAAGUGUUUCCUAUAAGUAUACAAAGAUAAACACAGAAGAAGUGAACGAAGCUGAAACAGAAUGGCUCAUGGAAGAAGUUGCUGCGCCGAAUCAGAAGUUGGGAAACGAAGGGCAAGAAAACGGCCACAUCACCAGUAAAGCCGUGAAACCAAGCGCCCUCACGUCCUUCCACAUAGAUGACGUGGACAGUGAGGAUGAAGUUCUAACCAUACCAGAGGUGAAGAUUCAUUCAGCCAGAGGCGCCCAGACGAGAGGCUCGGACACAAGUCAGCCUCCUCAUAGCAAGGCUCUCAAUCUUUCAAGCAGUGAUAAAGCUGGUCUGCUUAACGGCAGCAAGAAUAGCAAAGGCAGAAUCGCUUUUGGCCAACGGAAACUACAGAACUCAAUGAACAACACAGCCUCCUUCCAUGAUGAUAGCGAUGAGGACCUGUUGAACGUUUAACCUUCUAUUGUGCCUAGUCAAAAUUCCUUGUGUAUAUAUUAAGGUGGGACGACAAAACACUUCCAACCAAAUAUGAAGACUGUAGCUGCAGAUGCCUUUUGCAGGGAAAUGUUUCAAAGGGAAAGCAGGGGUGGGGAGAGAAAAGAAGGAUCGAGCCAAUGAUCUAUAUAAUGAUGACUAGAUUUCUAGCAUCCAGUCAGCCAACUGAACGAUGGUAAGGCUCCUCCUCAGCCAGAAGUUGCACUCUUCCCCUUCUGUAGAUGGUAGAGGCUACGCAACACUUUCCAAAGGUAGGAUCAGAUCUGAAUGAAGACCCCUCCGCUUCAAGAUGAGACUGGCGUUUUAACACUCUCCUUUAUAUUUAUUGCUCUCACUACUCAGGUUCACGGAAAUAAUGAUGAUGAUAAUAAUAACCGGCAACGUGUUCUUCCUGCAGGCAGGGUAUUUGUUCUACAGAUUCACAUGAAGCGGAGAUGAGGGGGUUCUCUGUAUGUUUGGUAGGUUGCUUUGAUGUACAUUUUGGAGCUGGUCUGUUAAACUCGCCUGUACAUUUGAUUCCUGUAUCCUAACUUAAAAUGGCUUGUUACGAUUUGAAAAGUGUUUUUUCCUGGAAAGUACGGACCUUUAUAGCUUUAGCCUUGGAACAGUGGCUGUUAUUUGCAUGAUAAGUCUUUUUUGGUAGCAAUCAUAUGAAGUCUUUCAUCAGUAUUUACAGAACUGUUGGUAAAACACCCCAGAGCUCCCCUGUAAGACUAGUGGAGCCGAACAAAGGGUGGAGCCAUUCCAGGUGGCCUUCUGCCCCUUUAAGAGCAGUGAGGAAGGCAGAUGUUCACUGCUGCAGCUCCAAUGGCUAACCAAAUGCCAUUGUGAUGAGAGAGAGAGAAAAGAACUUGGUACCUUUUUGAAAUGUGGUACUGCUUCAGGGGCUGUAAAAAGACUCCGUCCCUUCUGGAAGAAGCUCAUAACCAGACCAACAUGGAACUGAUUUAUUCCAGGCCACUUACAGACUUUCUGUAACAUCAGCUUCACUGCCCCCCAGAGAGAUUUAUGUCUGUUCUAAAGCCACAGGCCCACAAAAGCCUUAAUUGCACAGACACAUACUCUUCCUUUGGUACUAGGUGCGUUAACAACGAGAGUCGAAAAGAGCAUCCUUUGGGUACUAUCACUGUACAUUCCAGUAGCCAUUACAUGCUGGAGCCACGGUAAUUAAACAACCUUGUUGUCAAGACUGAACAAAGAGCUCCUCGCAGCACUUGACAUAUCUGCUCAAUGUUUUUAAGGGGCUCACAGGUGAUGAGUGAGUUUCUAUAGACAACGUACCAGUACUUGUGCUGGCCAGAAGCUCUUCCUUGUUUAUACCUUUUCCUAUUUGCAUUGGUUUCCUUAAGGUUGAUUUCCACUUGGGAACUGGAUUUAAUGUAACAAAGGUGUUCAAACAAUUUCAAUAAAAGCUGAAUUAUGUUUCCCUAGGAA